UGGGACCGGUGGAGGCUCUCGGAACCCUGACUCCGCAGCUGCGCCAGCACAGCUUCGCGGGGACCAGGCUUGCAAAGCGACAUUCCUCCUUUCUCUUUGUCUCCCUUGAGUCCUUCUGAGAUGACGGCUCUGGGCACAGCGGGUGCUGCCCGGGUGUUGGUUACCCUAGUAGCUGCGGCUCUUUGCGGUCACCCUCUGUUCGGAGUCAGUGCCACCUUGAACUCGGUUCUUCUCAAUUCCAACGCCAUCAAGAACCUACCCCCACCGCUGGGCGGCGCUGCCGGGCACCCAGGCUUCGCAGUCAGCGCUGCUCCGGGAAUUCUGUUGGAGGGCGGCAACAAGUACCAGACCAUUGACAACUACCAGCCGUACCCGUGCGCCGAGGACGAGGAGUGCAGCACCGAUGAGUACUGCGCGAGUUCCACCCGCGGAGCGGGUGCAGGCGCGCAAAUCUGCCUCUCCUGCAGGAAGCGUCGAAAACGCUGCAUGCGUCACGCUAUGUGCUGCCCUGGGAAUUACUGCAAAAAUGGAAUAUGUAUGCCUUCUGAUCACAGUCAUUUCAAUCGAGGAGAAAUUGAGGAAACCAUUAUUGAAAGCUUUGGUAAUGAUCACAGCACCUUGGAUGGGUACUCCAGACGAACUACACUGUCUUCAAAAAUGUAUCAUACCAAAGGACAAGAAGGUUCUGUCUGUCUCCGAUCAUCAGACUGUGCUACAGGGUUGUGUUGUGCUAGACAUUUCUGGUCCAAGAUCUGUAAACCUGUUCUCAAAGAAGGUCAAGUGUGCACCAAGCACAGGAGAAAAGGCUCUCACGGGCUGGAGAUAUUCCAGCGUUGUUACUGUGGAGAAGGUCUGUCUUGCCGGAUACAGAAAGAGCACCAUCAAGCCAGUAAUUCUUCUAGGCUUCACACCUGUCAGAGACACUAAGCCAGCUGUCUGAACACAGUGGACUCCAUUUACAUAAUAUAUGCUAUGAAAACUGUUUGUGACUUCUGUGAGCUCAGUCCUUAAGGAUGUACAAAUUCUGUGGUUACAGUUAAGCAUUCCAAUAAUACCUUCUGAAAAUCUGGAGUGUAAGAGCUUUGUUUCUUUGUGGAACUCCCCUGUCAUUGAUUGCAGUAAAUUACUGUGUUGUAAAUUUUCAGUGUGGCACUUACCUGUAAAUGCAACAAAACUUUUAAUUAUUUUUCUAAACGUGCUGCAUUGUCUAUUGUUCCUCUUGUUAUGUAAAUGUUUGUAUACAUUGUUAUCUUGAUUCUGAUAAAUACUCUAUAUUGAAUUGAAAUAAAUACUUUCAGCCUAUUCCAUAUUGAAUUGAAAUAAAUACUUUCAGCUUAUACUUCUUAAAUACAAAAGCCUUUCCCCUUUUAAUUCUAGAAUCUAGAACGUAAGGAACUUUUGGAAUGACAAGUGAUAGGCAUGUAAGAUUUAUCAUGAAAAUAUUAGCUUAUUUUCCAAAAUGUACUCUCUCAGUGCUUGGAUUAUAUUUAUCUCUAGGCUGUGAU